CGCGUGUUUGCACAGUAGUUUUGCAUGUUCAAAACUCUAAGCGCGAGCGUCAAGCAGUUUGUUUUCAUUGCCUAGUUUGUUCUAUGCGCAACUUUUCAAGCAGCAAUCGUGGACAAUGACAUCUCGAGCUGAGAAAGCCGUACGUUUCCUCGUGUCUGGAAAUGGGAAGCUUGAGAGUUCGGGGCAAACGAUGGAGCACAUUCGCAAGCUGCGGGCACUUGCCAAAGAAGCUGGUCUCUCGGCAGAUCACAUGCUGCAGCUGAGCACAGUCAUCACUGCACCUGACACUCGAUCCCCCUUGGCAAAGCCCCUUCUCCAGUGCUUGGUGCCAGCCGAGAAUGUCACCAAGCAACUCAUUCUUGCUUUCUCCGGGGCUCUCUGCAGUGAUUCGUUGUCCCCUGCUGUCAAGAGGGACAUCAUGCAGUGGAUGGUUGCAGUACACCACUUGUUUGACAGCAGCUGCAAUUUGGUGCUGCUCUGCAGGUCUCUGCUAAGGCUUCUUGACACAUCACUGUCUGGUGAUGCCGUAACCUUGCUGCUUCUCUUGGCCUCGGAGGGCACUGCGACGUCAUUCACAAGGUCCGCGGUUUCCAAGGCGAUGCAGAGAAAGGUGACUGUUGAGACCUUUGACAUUGGGAAAGCGUGUUUGAAUAGUGUGUGCUAG